AUGUCUAACGAAUGGACCAAGAAGACCUUCACCCUUAACACCAUCCCUGCUGUCGGUCUCGGUACCUGGCAGUCCAAGCCCAACGAGGUUCGCGAAGCCGUCAAGGCCGCUCUCCUCGCUGGCUACCGUCACAUUGACACUGCCCUCGCCUACGGCAACGAGGCUGAGGUCGGUCUCGGUAUCAAGGACUCUGGUGUCCCUCGUGAGGAGAUCUGGAUCACCACCAAGCUUGACAACCCCUGGCACAAGCGCGUCGAAGAGGGCAUCACCUCUUCGCUCAAGGAUCUCCAGACCGACUACGUUGAUCUUUACCUCAUAGAGCUCCAGAAGCUGCCCGCUUCUGGCCGCGUCAAGAACAUCGGUGUCUCCAACUUCGCCAUCAAGAACCUCGAGAUCCUCCUCAAGGACGACUCAUGCAAGACCGUUCCCGCCGUCAACCAGGUCGAACUCCACCCCAACAACCCCUCCCCCAAGCUUAUCGACUACUGCAAGGAGAAGGGCAUCCACUGCACUGCCUACUCCUGCCUCGGCUCCACCAACUCUCCUCUUGCCCACGACGAGGCCUUGAAGAAGAUUGCUGAAAGCAAGGGCAAGUCCACUGCCCAGNNUCUCAUGUGGGGUCUCCAGCGCGGAACCUCUGUCAUCCCCAAGUCCGUCACCGCUUCCAGAAUCGAGGGCAACUUCCAGCUCGACGGCUGGUCAUUGACCGACGACGAGAUGAAGCAGCUCAGCAGCCGCCCCGAUCGCUUCAAGGUCUGCGGUGACGCAUGGUUGCCUGUCAAGGUCUUCUUCGGCGAUGACGAGUAA